AUGUCGAGUGAUGAGAGUGAUGGCGAUUAUCAAGAGCAACAGCAGGAGGAACACGAAGAAGAAGAACAGGCAAACAGUGCAUCUGGCUCGGACCAUGAUUCAGGGAGUGAAGAAGAACCUUCUAAAAAGAAGAACAGGAAGAGAAAGAUCAAUUCGGACAGCGAAGAUGAAGAAGAGGAGGAAUCUGGAGAUGAUAAUGACAGCGAAAAUGACAACGACUCUGAUGGAUCGCACAAAAAGUCAAAGAAAAAGAAGAAGCGGAAGGAUCGAAGACCGCGUGGUUCGGAUUUUAUCUUGCAAGAUGUCGACGUAGACGACGAAGAACAGGAUGAAGACGAAUGGGAUGAUGAGGAGGAUCGUGCGCUUGAGCCCAAUGAAAAAGAAGAGGCUGAGAAGUAUAUGAAGCAGCUUGAUGCCGAGAGGAGGCGCAACGAAAGGAAUAAAUUCGCGAACAUGAAUGAGGACGAAAUCGGUCGCUAUUUUGAAAACAAGUACAAAACUCAGCCUAUCAGAGAUCUCGUGGAUGAUGAUUCUGCUCUCGGUUGGUUACAUUACAACGUUGAUCUCAUAAUUCAAGGGUCA